AUUCAGUGCUGUGUGUGCGAUGGGUGAAGUAAGGUUGCGCCGCUCUGGGUCUCGACUUCUCUGAGAGGGAAGGCGGGAGACUAUUUUCAAACUUGUCAUAAUAACGUAAAUUCAUUGCAAGACAUUUAAUACAAACUCAAUAGGUUUGAGCUUAUUGUCUUCUUAAUUAAGAGGAAUUAUGAGUGUAGUGUUGGAGGACACCAAAUCAAAAUACUUCUCAAGUGAUCUUGUGUGGGAGUUUACAUCAGCAUCAGAAUUCGGUCAAUAUGAAGCUCUUGAAAAGAGGAGCAAAGAGAAAUCACGUUAAUAUCUUAGAAAACCGUCAUCAUGGUGAAGGAAUAACUCAGCGUUCAGAUCAUCCCUGCAGUGGAAAUACAACCAAGACUCAGCGACAUGAGAGGUGAAGACAUGAGUUCACUAAUUCCAGGAAGGAAUAGAUUUGCUGUGUAUCACGAAGAAAUCAUAAAAGGACUCCUUUCAAAGAAUUAUAAUCAUCAGGUGAAGAUAUCCUAGGAAGGAGAGACUUCAGUUAUAUCCACCUCACCGGUUAUCCUCGGAACAGUUGGGACAUCAUGAGGAAUCUAGGAAUUCUGAUGUACCUUAGCUUUGCCGCCAUCGGUUUAUCUUGGGCUUUUGAUGGGACUAAUAUGACGCACGGUACUCUCCCGAAAGAGUACUAUUUCCCCGCCUUCAGAGAACACGCCACUCACAAAGGAUCACGGGAUAACCUCCGUCAUCGGAAGAAUCACGCGUUCAAACACGGCGUCAGGUCGAUGAAAAGCCAUCAUGUGGCGGAGGAGGCCUUUGAGGGUCCAAAUUUCCCAAAUCUUGAGGAAUCGAGACACGCGUUUGGGCUACAGCAGCAGCAGCAGAUGGGUAUCAUGAGGCCCUGGGCCACCCCGCAUCAGCUUAGCUCAUCUUUUCAAAGAGGGCGAGAAGGAGCGGGAAGACGGGCGGAGGAUAACCUUCCCGUUAACCAAAGUCGUGUGGAAACUGAAGGAAGGAUGAGUGACGGGCAAACGUUGGGAUCCUUUAGUCGCUUAGAGCGUCCUAAAGAAGAGGGCAUCGAGUUAAGAAGAAAAUUUCAAGAGAGGGAAAUUGAGAUGGAAUCUUUUGGGGAAGUUGGCACCGCAUUUGAUGAGGCCGGAGAGACACCUGCUACCGUCCAAGAAACAGAAUUUUUAGACAAAGACAAAAGGAUUCCGGUCUCCUCUGAACAUCUUUGUCGGUCAGUGGAAACAUUUUUGCCUCCUGAUCUGUAUAUGCUGGACACGUGCGCUCUUUGCUACUGGUACAUUCACAACCGCGACCUUUUCGUCCUCAAAUGGGAAAGAACUUCUCGUCAGUACAACAAUUUCACCAUUUCGGUGCUUUCAGAUCCGUCUAAUCAUUCCAAUGUGGUGGUGGCCACAAUAGAGUCAGAAGCACUAAUGGAUUCCUUCAGCGGGGAGGAAGGGCGGCAAAAGUGGCGCAGCUGCUGCCAGGCUGCAAGGGAGUGCUGUCAAAAAGAUAUGCGCCAAACGACCUGGCCCUCAGGCUAUUGUCCUACAACGUGGGACGGAUGGCAGUGUUGGCCCUCCACCCCGCCGUUCACCGAAGCGAAGCGUGCCUGCCCUUCGUACAGCUACCACGGAAAAGCGGCCUCUUGUUCAAAAAUGGCGACCAAGCAAUGCGAGGGCGACGGCCGGUGGUUCCGCCUCAGGAGAGCCAAUGCGGAGAGAGAGUGGAGCAACUACUCCUCUUGCAGCGUGGCCGAAAACGUCAUUCGCCGCCUGUACGUCCACAUCGUUGCCGAUUGCCUUUCGACGGCCAUGCUCUUGCCAGCGCUCUUCAUCUUUUUCUCUUACAAGCAACUGCGCGUUCAUCGCAUAACUCUCCACAAGCACCUGUUCAUUAGCUUGCUGCUGGAGGCGACCGGAAACAUAUGCUUCCGACUGAUCCAGCUUCACAGAGACGAACUCAUUCAGCAAAAUCCAACGUGGUGCAUCACGCUGAAUCUGUUCACGAAGUACGCUAGCCUAACCAACUACAUGUGGUACCUGUGCGAGGGUUACUACCUUCACAAGCUCCUCGCCAGCGCCUUCGCUGAGCAGAAUUCUCUCGUCGUUUUCUAUUUCAUCGGCUGGGCCUUCCCACUAGUUCCUUUGAGCGUCUACACGGGUCUGCGAGCGGCUCGGAGUGACAGUGCUAAAUGCUGGUUAGUGCCAAUAGACUACGACUGGAUCAUGUACCUUCCUCCUCUACUGGCACUUCUGAUAAACAUUAUCUUCCUGGUCAACAUCAUCCGAAUACUCGUUAGUAAAGUGAGAGCUACCAACAGCAAUGAACCCAGCCAAUAUAGGAAGGCGGUUCGCGCUACGAUGAUGGUCGUGCCCCUAUUCGGCCUGCAGUACAUAGUAACGAUCUACCGACCUCCGGGUCUCGGUUGUUACUGGCACGAUUUCUACCAGAUCUUCAACAACGUCAUCGACGGAAGCACCGGGGCUAUCGUCGCUGUUAUAUUUUGCUACACCAACGGCGAGGUGAAGAGUCUUCUCAGGCGAUCGUGGGAGCGCUACCAAGAGCGCCGAGCCCCCCAAGGGAGCUACAUGGGGUCCCAGGCAGCCCACAGCCGUAGCUUCUCAACCGUCCAAACGACCUUGGUCGACCCAAGCCCGGCUAGGAGGACGUCAUCAGUUGUGUCUGUCUGCAUCAACUCGCAAGUCGUCCGUCGGAGCGGGAGCGGCAUCAGGUUUUCCAAGACGAGCAGCUUAGCGUCAUCAGACGCGGAUGGCAACAGCCAGGCUUUGAUCUCGCCGCGGAGAUCGCCCAGGCAUUUCCAGGCCAGUCACAACUCCUCCCGCCAGAAUUCAAUAUCGAAAUCUCCCCAGCUUCUAGAAGAGCUGGAGGAUUGCCCGUCAGGUCACGAGGAAGAGAAGGACGCCCUGCAGCGUCUCAAUGACGGCAGGCUAGAGUAUCGUUCGAGUGACGUCUCUAAGAAUGGGGAGAGUUCCAUUCCGCUCGUGACGUUCUCCAAGAGGUCGUCUGACCCAGUCAUCUGUAUCAAUAUGGACGGGAAUUAUAGUAAGGUGGAAAAGAGUGAUGACUGAAUGUGACGAUUGGCAUCCGUGAAAAUCUUGUGUAUCUGCAUCAUUAUUAUCCCCCCGUGCUCUCUGUCCCUCCUCCUAACCAUGAAUGGCCAGUGACCCUCUUUUAAUUCGCCGAGGAAGCGUUCAUUGCAAUUAGGCUUUGGGGUGAAGCCUUCUUGCUGUCGUCGCUUCGCGUUACAGUGGACAUUACGUGUAUAUUUUUGUAUUCGUGGCCGGCGCUGGCGUUACCUAAGACUGUAAGAAGCUUGUGUGGUGACCUCCUGUAUACUGUAAAUAUAUGUAAGAUUCGUCUUCAAGUGCUCAUGGUGCCGCAGGCAAACAAUCCCUGUUCCCCCUUUUUUUCCCUUCCUCUUUCUUAUGCCUCAGCGACAAAGAACAGUUUAUCAGAUUACUAUUUCCGCUUUUUCAUGGGGCUAAAAUCGUCGUGAAUACGACCGGAUUCCUGAAACCAAUAUAUGUUAUCAUACCAGUUACAGAUGGUAAAAUAUACGUGCGAGUGAAUGUUGAUCCGGGAAAUAAUGAUAAAAGAUUCAGAUUACAAUAAAUGUAUGACAGAUAGAAGAGUGUUUAUGUA